AGGAAGUGGCGCAAAUGUAUUUAUCAGCCGUAGUGUAACCGUAAACACAAAGAUGAAGAUUUAUUUGAUAUUUAUCUGUAUUUAUCUAACGGUUUUUCCUGAUGAAAUUACAGGCUUAAGAAGGAAAAGGCAAAGAGAUCUAAAUUCUGAAAUUAAAGUCGAUAUAGCGUCCGAUACUGCGCCUAAUAUUGAUGCGUCUAAUAGAGUGGUAUCUGGAGAUUCAUCGUUAGAUUCGUUAUAUCGUGAACGCCGUGGGGGUAAUAGUUGUGAUUUAUGUGGCGAAGGCUAUGAUGCGGGCCCAUGCGACUAUUCGGGAUGCGAUAGUGAUUCAAAUUGCUACGAUACCUGUGAGACAUGUGGCGUUUGUACACAGAGCACAUACUGGGAAGGUUCUACCUAUAUGCAUAUUGAUAUCUCCGCGUGCACGGGUAGAGACCUCGAACGGGUGGGCCCCGUGAACUCACAAGGCAAAGCCCAGUAUAGGGAUGCAUUUUCUCCAGCUACGUUACCUGGUGUUUGGCUUGAAAUGCUUGAUGGUGAUGAUUAUAUUACUGUGGACAAACACGACUGGAGAUUCAAGAAGAACUGUGGAUAUAAAAAGAACAAAAAUAAUAAGAAUGAGGAACACACUUGCCGUCAAAUUAUAAAGUUGAGUAGUUGUGGGCAGGAUAAGCCUACGUGCGCUGAGGCGGGAUGCAACUAUGGUUACAAAAAUAGCAAAGAAGGUUCAAGCGAAUGCACUAACGGAGAAUGUGUUAGCGAAUGCUGUGCUGAUCAACCCACAUGUUCGAGUGCACAAUGUACAUACGGCUAUAAUAAUCUAAAGACCGAUGCUACCACGUGUUUCGACUGUGCUAGUGAAUGUUGCGCCCCCCAAUCCGAAUGCUCGAGUGCAGGUUGUCAGCACGGAUACGCGAACAAUAAGAAUGCAAACACAAAGUGCACUAAUUGCGCGGAUGAAUGUUGUGCGGAUGCGCCGAAGUGUGCUUCUGCGGGGUGUGAUUUCGGUUACAAAGAUGGAAAAGGCGCGGCUACGGAAUGCCUCACAGACUGUGGAGUAGAGUGUUGUGCCCUCGCUCCUACGCCGACAUGUUCUUCCGCGGGGUGUGAUUUUGGUUAUAAAGCCGGUAAGGAUGCAUCUACGGAUUGUCUUACAGACUGCGAAGCAGAGUGUUGUACCGUUCCCCCCACGUGUGCAUCAGUAAGCUGUGAAUAUGGCUUCCGAAGCAACAAAAAUGCACAGGUUCUGUGUACCGAGCCGAUUUGUAGUUUCGAGUGUUGUGAGCCGCCGACAUGCUCUCAGGCCCAGGGCUUGUCCGGACACGAGUGUAAUCUAGGAUCAGUAUAUAGCGGAGAUGCGGAUGCUACGAAGUGCGAGUUUCCGAGAAAUUUCAAUACCGUAUGCUGCAAGCAAGCCCCUUGUACUACUGGUGAUUUUAACCAAGUUCUUGAAAUCUACCCCUCAUGCAUAGCCAGCACGACGUAACUGUUCACUGGUGGAAGUAGAACACUCGCGUAGCUUUCUCGAGUUAAAAUUAGAAUAAUUAUAUAAAAUCUGUGUCUUC